GUUUUCGUGUUGUGUGUUUUUGUUGAUAGGGUUUGUCGGUUCGAUUCCAUUCUGAUUUAAAGUUAACUGGCAGGUGAGUUAACAGGCGGCGAAAUGUCCGUUUUUGCCUUUUGUGGCGAAUUGACUUAGGCGGGGAGUGUGAAAGUCGGUGUUUUUUGACUGGUUUUUUAUUUGUUGAAGAGCAAUGCUGAUUGUUUUGCAUUUUAAUGUUUCUUUGGAAUUUAUUGUUUUUUAUUCGCCCUAUUGAUUUAUAAAAUAACUUUUUUUUUGUUCUUAGCCAUUCUAAAAUAUAAUUAAUAUUUCCUAUCGAUUUUUACAUUAAUUUGUUAUGAGCUGGCUUGUACAUAUUAUCGCAAAAAGCAAAUUUAAUUAUUUCCUUUUAUUAAAAGUCAAUUUUUGUUAACCUUAUUAAACCGAUAAUUAAAUUAAUGCUCUUUCAACUUCUAGAAGCAGUCAGAAAUUUUCGUGUUCAAGAACUUCAACAAUUAGUCUCAAGUUUUAAAUAUCCAAAAAUUGGAAAGAAAAACGAACUUAUUAGUCGGGCAGAUUCACUACUUAAAAAUCCAAGAUUUCAAGCUAGCGCUGUAGCAAAAGUUCACGAGAUCCAGGCAUCUAAUCGAAUUCGUGACAGUUCACAACCAUAUCCUUCUCAACCCGAAAGAGGACUUGGAAAUCAACAACUUAACGGAACAAUGCCUAAUAAUCAAAUGCAUCCAUCAAAUCAGCAACCAGGAAUUUAUGGUUUUAAUGCUGCUGCUCCACCAAUGUCUCAAUUUCCAGGGGGAUUUGGAAAUUUUAUGAAUUAUGCGGCUGCUUAUGGACAGCAAUUUCAAGGAGGCCCUGCCUAUCAGCCUAACAACUUUAGUCAGUCAUUGCCACCUCAAAAUCAGCCUCACUACAUUCCUCCGCAGCAUUCUCAGGGAGGAUUGGUUCGCAAUUUGCGUACAGUUGAACUUCCGUUUUAUGAUCUUUUUAAGGUAAUUGUCCCGAUGACAGAACUUCCAUCUUAUCCUGUUCCAACUCGUCCUGGUGAAGGUCGUUUCUCUUGUACUUUUGGUGUCUCCGCAGACGAUAUCGGUAAAUUGUCAUAUCCUGAAGACCAAAGACUGCCGAGAUAUGAGCUUCAGUUACGAAUGUUUCUUUUGGAAAAUUCCGAGGAACAGCCCGAUGCUUUUCCUCCAGGCUCUGCAGUUCGAUUGGAUGAUUUUAAUGUUAAUCUUCCUGCAAUUAUACCAACAAACAAACCAAAUGCCGAACAUAAGCGUUAUUCUCGACCGGUUUUGCUUGUUAAACGGGUUAAUUCUGAUAUUCUUCUUGCACGUAUUCGUGAAAAUCCGAACGCAUCACGCCCAGCUUCUACCACUAGAGAUAAUAUUAUUCGACGUCUCAGUGGUGAUGAAGAUGAUGUUCAAAUGGAUUCUUGCAAGAUUUCUCUAGUUGAUCCGCUUGGUCGUAUGCGCAUUAAAAUUCCUUCUCGUGCUGCCGAUUGUACUCAUUUACAGACCUUUGAUUUAUACAACUAUUUGAUGAUGAACGAAAAGCGACCUGGUUGGAAAUGUCCAGUUUGUGACAAGAAUGCCAUUUACUCUAAAUUAAUUAUUGAUAAAUACUUCGAAGAUGUACUUAAAAGCGUCAGCAGUUCUGUUGAGGAGAUUGAAUUACUCCGUGAUGGUUCAUGGGGUCUUCCAAAGGUCAAUGAUACAAUUUCUUUGUGUAGUGAUGAAGACGCCGCAAUGGCUGAUGCGGACGAUGAUGAUAUUAUGAUUGUGGAUCCUGCUAAAACUAAGCCAUCCAAAACUGUUGAUAAGAAAAAGACAGACAGUGUUUCAACUGAAAGUGUCGCUCAUCAACAAGAACCACCGCAACCAACUGUGAUUAUUCCAAAAACGUCGGUUAUUGAACCUAAACAACAACGAACCUCAUCUUCUAAUACAUCGAAUGCGCCAAAGAAGAAACCGGUAAGUUUUUCUAAAUGUUAA